UAAUAUAAACGGGAAUAUCCAAAGAAAUUGUUAUCAACUCUAUAUACGCUAUCUAACUUGGAAAUAAUUUAAACAAAUAACAACAACAAAUAAUUCUUAUCAACCACACACAUUGAAAAAAUAAUAAUAAUAAUAAUAUUCUUCUUGUCUAAAUUUUGAAAUCUUAUCUUUUAACAAUUUCUAUAUUGUCGUCGACAACGUUUUCCGAAUGUGAUAAAAUACACAAAGAAUUUCUACUCAAAAUAUCGCCUGUAUUCAAUCAAAUUUAAUUUAUAGAAAUUUUUUUUAAAAACAAAAGUAGUAAUAAAACAUCGUGAGUGCUAAAUUUAAACAAAAGUUAUUAUUACGGUUAAUUUCUUGGUUUAGUGGAUUUCUUUUAAAUUAAAAUUGUUAACAAAAAUAUUUUUAAAAGUGUAGCAAAAACAAAAAAAAAACAACUUAAAUAACCAUAACAAUAAAUAUAAUAUUUAAAAAUUGACAAAAAACUACGUGAAAUUUCGUUAAAACUUACACAUAAAUAAUAAUGCCACUAUUCGCCAAGAAAAUACCCAAAAUACCCGACUCCAAUACGGCUUUAUAUGACAAUAAUAACGGUACCUUAGCCAAUGGCAAACAGAAUUCAAUGAAUGGACACAGUGGUAAAGUUGCCAAUCAAAAUAUGCCCGAAUCAAAUGUCACAAAACCACAAUUAGUAUUUCACUGUCAAUUGGCCCAUGGCAGUCCUACCGGGUUAAUAACCGGUUUUGCUAGUGUAAGAGAACUAUAUAAGAAAAUUGCCGAAUGUUAUGAGAUACCAGCCGAUGAAAUCUUAUUCUGUACCCUCAACUCACACAAGGUGGAUAUGUCGAAAUUGCUGGGCGGCCAGAUAGGUUUAGAUGAUUUCAUAUUUGCCCAUCGUAAAGGACAGCCCAAGGAAAUUGAAAUUUUGAAAUCAGAAGAUGCUUUGGGUCUAACAAUUACCGAUAAUGGUGCUGGUUUUGCAUUUAUUAAGCGCAUUAAAGAGGGCUCGGUAAUCGAUCGCAUUGAACAUAUAUUGGUGGGAGAUCAUAUAGAGAAAUUAAAUGGUGUUACUAUGGUGGGUAAACGUCACUAUGAGGUGGCCAGAUUGCUGAAGGAAAUACCCACCGGCUCUACAUUUACCUUGCGUUUGGUGGAGCCCAUGAAGAGCGGCUUUCAGGGUAUAGGACCCCGUUCACAAUCACGCAUAACCUCGGGACGUGGUGGUUAUGGCAGUGGCAAAGAGACUUUACGUUUUAAGGCCAAUGGUAAUGUGGAAAUAGAGGAAAAAUUCGAUGAUUCAACGCAGGCGGGUAUAGAGGCCAUAAAUAAUUUACUCGAAUCAUUUAUGGGCAUCAAUGAUACCGAAUUGGCCACCCAAAUCUGGGAUCUGGGUAGUGAUAAAACAAAUUCCAUGGAUUUUGCCGAGGCCAUUGAUAAUUCCGAUUUAGAAUCAUUUGGUUUUACCGAUGAUUUCAUCAUAGAACUUUGGGGUGCUAUAACAGAUGCCAGACGUAAAAAGGCCGCCAAAAAUUUGUAAUAUUUAAAAAAAAGAAUAGAAUUAAAAUUGUUGCAAAAAUAUUCAUAAAUUAAUUUAUGCUUUUUAACAAAAAAAAAAAACUGUUUAUAUUUAUAGGAAUGAUGAUGUUUAAAGGUAGAGAGAUAAAUUCUUUAGAAAAAUCUUUUCAAAACACUUUCUCAAAAAAAAAGACAAAUAUUAUUAAAGAAAUUAUUAUAAAAAUAAAAUUGUUUAAACAUUCUGCUCAAUUUAUUUUAAACAAAAUUUAACAUGAUGAGGCCUUUUUUUAAACGUUCUUGAGCAUUUGCAAUUUAACUAAUAAAAUUAAUUAUUUUUUAUUUUAAACAAAAAAAAUAACAAAUACUUCUUGACCGUUGUUAAACUCUCAUAGUUAUUAUUAAUAUAUUGCUAAACAAUCAAAAUACUUUUAAUAGUAUUUUUAUUAAUAACUUUAUUUUUAUUAUUUUUUUCCUCUUCAUUUGCCAAUAUUUAUUAUAAUUUAUAAUUUUAAACAUUUAAUUAAUUUGUAUUAAUAUUUUUAUUUUAUUUUAUAAAAUUUUAUGUUAAAUGUAAAAUCAGUUUUUAUGUCUUUCAAAUUUUUUAUUUUUGGUUUAAUUUAAUUUUAAAAUACAUAAUAUUUUUUAUGUUUAUUACUAUUUGUCUUAAAUUUUUAAUUCAAAAUUUUUACUUGUAUAGCAAAAUAUUUUACACGCUGAUUUUUUUUUUUAAAUAAACAUUU